AUGGAGACAAAGAGCGAGGCGACAAAAAUCCUCGUGAAGGGUCCGGAAUACCUUCGAAAGCAGAUGGAGCUGGAGAGUGAGACGAAAGGACGCAUGAGUGCUGURGAGAGGCUCGCGGCCAGCAAACCCAAAUACGUCAAAAGCCAGCAGGUGGUCAACUCGACUCAGGAGCCGGUGAGUCUCGGUUCAGCCUCUGCGAGUAGCCCCGGGUCUUCAAACCAAAGCUCAAACCCUUGUGCAAAUCCCGUCUUAAGUAACUCUGAGCCUAAACGUGUUGCACAACUUUGCCCACCGGGAAAAGGAAAUAAGCCCAUCUACAGAAAACGACAAGACUCCCUCCUACUCUACAGACAGAAAUGUGACUUGCUCCAAGCAGCGGGAAAUGACCGGAAACACCUUCUAACUCAUAAGUUGCAGCUCAGUUCUGUAAACAGAAGUGUCCCAUUAUGUGAAGUCACUGGCCAGGAAUGUAAGUCUGAGGGGUACAAAAAAGUAACUACCACACCUGGGGCCUCAUCGAAGGAAUGUGGCGUCCGUCUGGUGGUUUCUCAGUCAGACAAAAGGUCAAAUGGAGUUUCAGAGGAAUAUAGCAACAUAAGCAGUGAUUCUGGGAUGACGCCGACAGCUGGAGGUCUCCUYGCAGUGCCUGAAGUUGAGAGACGGUCCGGCAACAAGGUCGGCCGUUCCCACUCCGACAUCAGCUCCAGGUAUUCCAAGAACUUUGCGGACUUCGACGCGUUUUUCAAGUACUGCGGGCUGGACGGCGAGGUGAUCGAGUCUUUGGGGAGGGAGAACUUCUCCGCUCGAUCCGACAAGAGCUCUGUAAACAUCCGGAGCGUCAGCAUCUCCACGUCGGAUGACGGCUUCUCCAGGGAGAGCGGUGACAGUGACAGGCUGMUUGAGGAUGAGCUGGUUAAAAAAUCACAGCAGGGCACAUCGGUGAUCGAGCGCAACGCUMGGAUAAUCAAAUGGCUGUACAGCUGCAGAAACGCUGCAGAGACCGGUAAAAAGCUGCGAGACCUGGACUAA